AUGGGUUGCGGAACAAUUGUCGCCAGACGACCGAAUACUCCUCAAAAUGCUCCAAAUGCUGGCGGUCGACCGAAACCAGAUACUAUAAUGACGUCAUUUCACACUGAGAAUAAUAAAACAAGCAAAAACAAUCGUGUUCUGCAUGUUACUACUCGUCGGUUUAUUGAACUAGAACCCGUACGAUGCGGUGAUAUUCUCGAAUUGACAUCACUUUCUGUACGAAAAUACGAUAUCUUUCAAGUGUACAAGGAUGGUGACGAUUACUAUCAAGUUGAUCAUGGUUAUGAAUUGUUUAACAUCAACAUGUGUACACCGUUGAAUGAACGACUCAUGCGUCUUUCAUUAGAUCUUACUGUUCCUGAAAUCGACUUCUAUUUCUGUGUUAUUUUGUCAUCGCGACGUGAAAGAAUUGUUAGAGAACGCAAAUGUCCUGCAGAAUAUUGUCGAUUGAAUCGUCUAACAAUAAGAAAAUGCGAAGAAAAAAUCGCUCUAACCGAUCUGGACUUGAAUCAAAAGGUUUAUCUGAAUAAAGGCGAUACUAUCGAACUCGAUUGGUCGUCGAGUCAACAUCACACUUAUCGUAUCGAAGAACGAAAAUAUUGUCCACAAACAGGACAACUAUACACUGUUGGACAACCAUCUCAACGACCAUCCGCAGGAGGAAAAUAUCGAAAAACAUUCAAUGAACUGGGUAGUUCAUUCCUAUUUCGUUAUACAAACACAAAUCAACUUCGUGAUAUCAUUGCAGUUAUUGUUGACAAUACAUAUAAGAUAAAACAUGUACAAAUCACUGAUGACGAGAUUCAACCACAGCUUAUUAACAUCGAAGAAAAUGAUUGGAUUAUGUUUGAUUGGAGUACCACUGCUAGUCAAAGUAUCGUACAGAUCGAACCAUUUCGUAUCGACGAAUGCACUCAGCAAUCAAUCGAAUUGAGAAACGCUGGCGAACAUUUCUUUUGGCCACAUGGACCGACACGUCGUGGUCUGAUGUAUCAUCAGUUCAAAGGAACCGGCGUGUAUUGUUAUAAAACUGGAGAUCGAAUCGGUACGAUUGUUGUCAAACCACGAGUGAAGAUUCAUCAAAUAACGCUCUUCGAUGAGAAAUCAGGUUUGAAAACAUUGAAUUCGGAUUUUGAGAUUGUUUUCAAUGUUCGAAUAUGUUUAGUCUAUGCCAACAUCAAUACAAAUGAUUUCAUUCAAUUCAAUUGGAAAAAGGCAAAACCAAAACAAGACCCGAUAUUUCUAACAAUUGAUCGAGACACAUCAGUACCAGCCGAUAUUCAGAAUGAUCGCACGCGACCAUUUCAAUGUCAUAUCCAUAAAUGUCGAAAUAUUGUGCCGGCCUUUAGUUGGUAUUUUGACACAUGCGAAACAUUUCUCUACAACAUACCUCAGUACGGCUUGUACAACUUUACCUGUUUGAAAGAUAUGAAUACUGUUCUCAUAAGUCUCAUCAUCGAAAAUGCCAUCGAAACUCAUUAUAUAACUUACGAUGAAUACAACACAUUUGAACCAAAUAUAAUCAAAAUCAACCGUUGUGAUCAAGUACAAAUCCUCCCAUCGCUUACCACUAUCGCUAGUACAAUAUUCCAAACGAACGAGCAUGGAAGACCAACAGAACAUGGAAGUAUAUUAUUCCAACCUCAAAGAAACAGUAUUAAUUAUUUUGUGAAACAUUUCAAUGAUCUCGGCGUUUUUUAUUUCUCAACCAACGUGAAAAAUCAUCUGAGAAAGACAAUAAAGCAAACAAUCACACACCCAUUAGCGGUCAUCGUCGUACCAGAAAUUCGCUUUCAUGAAAAACGAAUAGAAACCAAGAAAGCUUUCGAUAGCAAACUGAUCAUAACGACCAAUAGCAAGGAUUUUGUUAUCUGGCGUUUCGAUCAACCUAUUUCUCACAAUGUUGUGCAGUUACAUCAAGAUGAAAAGUUCAAUGAUUUACUGGCUUGUCACACGAGAGCGGCGGUUGGAAGAAAACGACAAUGUGUGGGUUUUUAUUGCGAAAAAUUGUCUAUUGGAGCGUUCUUCUUUGCUAAUCCAGAUUUUGAAAAAGUCACUGGCUUUAAUGAAACUCGACUGAUAUCGACGGUUAUCAUCGACCCACCGUUCAGUCAAAAUUCGAUUCUCGUCACUGACGAAAGCUUCCGUCCAAAUGUUUUAUAUAUUGAACAGAAUGACACGGUGUCGUGGGUAUCCAAAAAUACCGAAGUAGAACACCACAUCGUCGUGCAAUCAAAUGAGGACGAGGGUGAAGAAGGUCUGAUUAGUCCUACUAAUCGAAAAGUAAAUGGUGAAAUCAAAGGCAUAUGCCAUCUGCAUACAUUUCUGCAACCGGGAACAUACACUGUUCAGUCAAAUCGUUUUGGGAAUACGACAAAUGUUGUUGUUUAUUCAACUAGCGUUGAUCGCGAGAAUAAACGAAUUUCACAGCCAGCUGUCAAUGAAACAAUUACUGAUAUAAGUCCAUUUGACAUGCAAGUACAUUUAAAGUGCGAAAAUGAUCGCAAUGCAGACAUUUACUAUACAAUGGAUGGAUCGAUUCCAACACGGCCGGAUAAUCACAUUCGGCUGUAUGAUCCUGAUGAUGGUAUACGUUUUCGACGGCCAGGCUUUCUGGUAUUGCGUUCCUAUUCAACGGAAGAUCGGAAAAUAUCAAGCUUUGUUGAUAAUUGCAGGCCAACAUACGUUAUGGGAGAUGAAGACGUGGAAUCUGUAUGGAGCAGUUGCAGUAUUAAAAUCUCCGCCGUCUUCAAAGAUCCAGAUAAGAUCAUCGGCCGAGUUGGAGUUUCACCAAUACAUUCACUUACAUUUAUUGAUUAUUUUGAAUUGUACAUUAAUAAUAUACUGAAAGAGACCAUUCGUCCAUCAGAUGACGGUCACUAUUCGGUAGACAAUAUCGCUACUACUGAAAACUAUGAAAUCAAAACUAUUGCUCAUCCAAAAGCUUCAACUGAACGUGCACCGAUUACAGCAACGUUACAGAUUAAUGGAAGUAAAUCAUCGCGAAGUAGUCCGCAAGCAUCAGCAAAAGAAACGAGACAUAGCUCCGGUGGAGAGGGAGGAAAGAAAAAAGUGGAUGGUGUUGCCGGGGGAUCGCCAAAAGAAACAGGUGAGGGUGGUGGUGGCGGUGGCAAACCAGAAAAAGAUGACCUGCCAAAAUCCACUCAAACAAUGAGUCAUAUAAAUCGAGCAGUUGAACUUUAUAAGGCGUUACAAGUGGCAAUGGAAAGACGUUCAAAAAUGCAUCCACAUAAGUCAUACCCCGGUACUUAUCAUUAUUAUCGAAAGGAAUCUUUAUCACUGGAAACACUCAUCUCUUCUGCAGAAUCAGAUGCAAAAUAA